AAAAAAAACAUUAUCGAGUGCAUAGUUUCUAUGCGGUAAAUUCCCUUUGUUAUUUUAAAACUAAAAUGUGUUCCUACAGUAUUUUAAUGAAGAUAACUCUUCUUUUAUUUGUUGUACACCAUGUCCUAGCAGAAAAUAUUUGUGACAAAUAUCUGCGCGAGUUAGCCCAAAAACAAAGUGCAUUCGUGCAGUGCUCAACAUUGCAUUCAGUGCCGGUUAGCCUUUGCAUAGGUUGUGAGAUGCAAUUUUCCGAAAUGCAAGGCUUGUAUUUGCUCAUGCGCGAAGAGAAGAAUUGCACAGAGAAGUUCUUUGAUAAAGAUCGCAUCAACAUUGUUUCUACAACACAAUCGAUACUGACCGGAUUAUGGACAAAGGCGUAUUGUGAUGAUUGCUUUGCUAGCAAUAAUUCGGAUAUAUUUGACACGAAGAGAAAUAAACUGGAAGAUUGCCUACGCGAGAACAAAGGUAAAGAAUGUGUAUACUGUUUGACCGACUAUCUGGAUCUAAAUGGAUUUUAUGUCGGUUUGGAUAAACAUAAUAAUGGACAAGUUUGUUACGAUUUGCAGGAUUCGAUGAAUCGAACGAGAGCACACUGGUCCAAGGAUUUAGAUUGUUGUCAUCGUGAAUUUGAUAUGUUGCUCUUUCUUAUUACGUGCGGCAUUGUAGUCCUACUACCAUUAUUAUUUUACAGUAGCACAUAUGCUUUAACGAAACGACAGGAAAGAUACCACGAUAUUUUAACUGAAGAACCAAGAUACAAUGCCCCGUCUACAAGUGCCAUGGCUAGCAGUUCCGUCGCUGAUCUACCAAGUACAUCAUCAACGGCAACCUGUCCACGUGUUCCUUCAAAGAAGAACAUAAUAGAUAUUGAAGAGUAUACAUCCUCCGAUGAUGAUGAUGAAUACGCGGAGGCUAAAACCACAAAAAUUCGUAAUAAAAUGGCAUAAACUUAAGUGGUUUUAACUAUUACUAUUAUUAUAAGAGACUGCAAAAUGUUGAGUUGGCAGCAUUUAAAACACAAUUUAAAAUUUUAUAUAUCAAAAUAAAAAUUUAUUAAAAAAUUAA